UCAGAACAGCUUGGAAUACUACACAAAAUGACCCACACAAUGAAAACACACAUCUGCAUUGUCCUGCUUUGUGUAACGCAAAUCACCGCCUACAAAGCGAUCAGCGGCAUGCUCGAUAGCGCAACUGACCUCACACCAGAGGAGAUAAAUGAAGUGCGACCGCUUUUCGAAUACUUGCAACAACAAUACGAUUACAUUGCGAGUCAAACGCCACAGGGCAGCCCAGACGCUGACGGAGAUCAAACAAUCGAUACUCAAUUCUCGGCGCUUUAUGCAAUAACACAAAAAGAGUUCGAAGAAUAUUUCGACGACUUGCUGCAACAACAUGCAGAUGUGAAUAGCAACGACAACACCGAUAAAUAUAAUACCACCCUGCCGUCAGUCGCAGAGCUGUUGGGUGCGCCUGGUGCUGAUCUAACCGCCGAAGAGCUGGCCGAACGCGCCGAUAUCGAAGGCUUGUUGGAGGAUGCGCUCAGCGAAGCACAAACACAAAUAGACGAAAUUGUACAACGGUCGCUGCAGUUGGAGGCACAGUUGAUGAAAAAUUAUAAACAGAAACUUGUUAAGUAUGUAGUAAAGGCAUUAUCGUCGCUCUUCAAGAUAGCAGUGCGUGGUGCGCGUGCCGCCUACUGCACCUAUUCACACAUUCCAGAGUUCAAUGUGUCACUGCAUCUGAUGUACGAAGGCGCCGAUUGCUAUACCUAUUCCAAGCAUUUGGUGUCGCGUGUUGAGAAUGAGACGGUGCAGACGGUGAGCACCAUUAGGAAGAAUGUCCUUAGCUUGUCGAGUAUUUAUAAGAAAAUCGCCGGCAAGAAAACAUUGCUGGGGAAAUUGACAGUGGUGUUGCUUAAUCUGUCGAAAGUUGUGAACAACAUUAAAGAAACCUAUGUAGUGGGCGUAAGCGCCCUUGAGAAGAUGAAAAAUGAGUUGCCGGAUGCCACACUGGAGUCGGUGCAAUGCGGCAAGAACUUUGUUGCGGGCGUGCCACAAGUGGUGGAUACUGUGGGGAAUUGGUCCACUUGCAUAAUGUACGUCGAUGAGGCCACCAACGAUUAUGAUUUCUUGAAACCGGAAAGUGAACGCGAUUUCAGCUAAGUUCAAAGG